AUGGCCGAUUCAUUACGAAAUGACAUCUAUCAUGCUGCUAUGUUCGUGUUCCCGUCUUUGGGCACCGUGAUCAACCUAGCCACCGUGUGCGCCAUCUUACUGAACAAGGCGUUAAGGAAGGAACAGCAUAUCUUCACUUUUAGCUUGGCUCUCGCAGAUUGCAUCUCAGCUUUCGCAAUGUUCAUCUCCAACUUGUUUGAGUUUCUCGAGAUUUCAUUUGAAAUGGGAGCUGACUCAUGGACUCGAUGUCUGUUUGUGACUGGUUUGGUCAUAUCGAUACUAAGUACACUCGCCAUCGCUUUCGAGCGUCUCAUCAUCCUUCGCAUUGACGCUCUCGGAAGCCGUCGCAUCGUCACUGCCAAGCGAUCUAUAGCUGUUUGUAUGGUCGUUUGGAUAGUUGUGUCCGCGGUAUAUUUUCUUCUUCAUGGAUUUAGCAGAGCAGCUGUAUCUUACACUCUUGUCUAUUUCAUAUCUCCGUGUAUCGUACUGGCAUCUCUCUUCAUCAUGGCUAUAUGUUACAUCCUUAUCUACAAAAAGAUCGCCAGGAUCUCUGAGAACGUCGGACUCAACGACGCAGCGCUCCAGCGACGCGCGAAAAACAGCAAGAAAGUACUCGUGACCUUUGCCUUAGUAGUCGCAAGCAUGAGCGCCUGUUGGGCUAUCAUGGUCUUCUUUCUUGUGGUGGAAUACAUCUAUUCACUCAUCGUAAACAAUCAUCAGGCUCGGCUGGAAAUUCAUUGGUCGAUACUUUUCGAUAUUGGCGACAUAUUAGUAAGCAUAAACGGCAUACUGAACCCGGUCAUAAUCUGGUUGCGUCUGACUGAUUUCAGAGCACAGCUACGUGCUAGCUUUGAGAGACUAGGGUGUCGAAAAUCCCAGAACUCGUCCCAAGUGACAUCGGAUCCGACAACAACCGUAACCAAUCGAUCCGUCUCUACCAUCGACAUCACUAUGGACGACAUCGAGGCAAAUUGA